GGCCAACGCCCUAGCCCGUUGAGUCAUUUAGUCAUUCCCUAUUAUCCCUUCAAAACUACCUGUUUCUUGUUUUGUGUGUUAUCACUUCACUCAUUGGCUUCUCAUUUUUGCAUAAAAGCAGAUUUACUGUUAUCCUAUUAUGUUACCGAACCUAUGCCAAAAUUCUAUCUUGGUCUAGAAUCUAGGUUUGGUUUUUUUUUUUUUUUUUUUUUUUCCGGAGCUGGGGACAGAACCCAGGGCCUUACACUUGCUAGGCAAGCGCUCUACCACUGAGCUAAAUCCCCAACCCCUAGAAUCUAGGUUUUUAAACUUAUAAUCUCCAUUUUUUUUUUAUUUGUCUGCUUGAAGCCGGGUCUUCUUACUAGGCAUGUCGGGAUGGCUUGGUACUUACGAUCUGUCUAAGUCACUUUUCUAUUGCUGUGAUAAAACGUCAUGACCAAAGUAACUUACAGAAGGAUAGAUUUAACUCAUGGCGCUAGAGGGAUAAGAGUCCAUCACCAUCGCAGCUGGGAAUUGUAGCAGCUGGCGCUGAGAGCUGAGGGCCCAUACCUCAAACCACAGACAGGAAACAGAAAGCAAACUAGGAUGCUAUAUGUCUUUUGAAAGCUAAAAACCACACCCCUAUACAAGCUCCAUGACAUACUUCUUCCAGUAAGGCCAAACCUCCUAACUCCUUACUCAAACAGUACUGGCAACUGGAAGCAAAUGUCAAGUACCUGAGGACUGUGGGGUCCAUUUCAUCUCUCCCUAAAACUGUCCUCUAGCUUCAUCCUCAGGGGUGGGGAUACUGCAGACCACUAUGCCCACAGGCUGUAAAUCUAUCCAUUUUAUCAUACUGAUAAAUCAGAGAAAAGGAGGAAAUCUACAAGUGAACGCAUCCAAGGUAUGUAAAAAGAGGCAUAGGAAAGAUAAAUAGGAAGAUGACUUAUCCCUUAUUAAGAACCAAUACUCUGCCAGGCAGUGACGGCACGUCUUUAAUCCCAGCGCUGAGUAAGAGGAGGCAGGGAGUUGCACCAUUCCAGAGGAUUAGGAGGUAUGGCUUUGUUGGAAGAAGUGUGUCACUGGGGGUGGGUUCUGAGGUUUCAAGUCCUUAGUCUCUCAGCCUAUGAUCAGGAUGUAGCUCUCAGCUAUUGCUCCAGCACUGCCUGCGUGCCACCCUGCUCCCUGCUUUGCUCACGGACCAAACUUCCCAAGGUGAAAGCAAGGCCCCACUCAAAUGCUUUCUCUUAUAACUGUCUGGGCCAUGGCGUCUCCACAGCAAUAUCCCACUGACUAAGACAGAAGUUGGUACCAGGACUGAAGCAUUACUGUAACAGGCCAGGGCAUGCUGCUUGUUGGUCGAGUGUGGACUUUGGGACUUUACGGGGCUUAAUGGGCCAUCCUAGAAGGAACAUGGAAGACAGUGGUUCUGAGAGCAAUGUAGAUCAUGACCGGCCCACCUCGAGAGGUUUCGGAGGGAAAGAAUAUUAGCAAGUGGCCUAGAGAUCAUUCUUGAUGUAUUUUGACCAAAAAAUGCGGCUGUUUUUGCCCUUGUCCUAAAACUCUGCCUGCUGCUAAAUUGAGUUUUGGAUUAAUGGCUUUGGCAGAAAAGAUUUUAAGACAGCAUAGUACUGACUGUGUCCCGUGGCUUUAGUAACUAUUCUUAUGCAGAUCUACAAUGAUGAAAAGGGGCAAGCUGGACAGAGACAUCCAGGUGUAGUUUGGGAGGAAAAGGAGCACCAGGAAGUGUUAUGGAGCUAAUCCUGUGCUGAAGGAGAUAAACAGUUAAAAAAAAAAAAAAAAAAAAAAAAAAAAGCUUGAUGCCAAAUGAAAUAAAGCGAGUUGUAACCUUGGAGCAAGACCUCACCCAGCUAACCUUCCAACGUGUGGGAAAGAAUUAGAGAAAAACUUAAGUAGUAAAGGAAACCGUCAACGACAGAGAGCUGGUGAAAAUGUAAUUGACGGAGGGGACCAAGCUCCAGCAAUCAGAAGAACCUGGCAGUUUCUGCGAUGUGGUUAUGGCUUUAGAGCCAAGGAUGCAAGAAGGGGCUUGUGGACUCUCCCUCCAAGGCUAUGGCCUCUCCAUCCGAGGCUAAGGAAAGUUGCUGAGGCCAGGUGUGUGGCACGAGUGUCCCUGCAUGGAGACCCAGAGAGGCCAUUGUGUGAAGCCCUGAAAGUGAAGCCUGGAUUGUGUUGGAGGCCCCAAAAUAACUGCAGAUGCCAGAGUAGUGGAUAUCUGCCAAGGAGAGCUAACAGGGUGGGAAUCAGCCUGAGAGGAAGACGUGUUAUAGUCAACAAGGCUGAAAGGAGCCGGAGAGCUGAAGAACACUUUACAUAGGACAUGGAGAUGCAGAAUUUGGAGUUUGCUGGGUUUUGGUUUUGCUUUGGUCCAGUAUUUCCUCACUAUGCUCUUUCCUCCCUUUUGGAAUGGUGAUACCUAUCCUGUACCAUUGUGUAUUGGAAGUAGGAGAUCUGAUUUUGAUCUUACAGGGGUUUUCAAUAAGAGAUACCUUGAUUCUCAGAAGAUACUUUGAACUUUUUUUUUUGAGGCUGUGAUAGACUAUGGGGACUAUGAAGGUCAGUGAAAAGAAUAUGAUGGUUUGAAUAACUCCCAUAUGCUUUUAUAUUUGAAUGCUUAGUGUCUAGAAGUGACACUAUUUGAAAGGAUUAGAAGGAUUAGGAAGUGUAGCCUUCUCAGAGGAAGUGUGUUGGUGAGAUUAGGCUUCCAGAUUUCAAAAGCCCACACCCAGGUUUCUCAAUCUGGAUCAGGUUGUAGCUCUUAGCUACUGCUUCAGCACCUGACUGCAUACUGCUUUGCUCCCCACCAUAAUUGGACCAAAACUGUUGAAGUUGUAAGCAAGAUCCCAAUUAAAUGCUUUCUCUUAUAAUAGUUGUCUUGGCCAAAGUGUUUCUCUUCACAGCAAUACCAAUCACUGUGACUAAGAAGUGGCACAGUGACUAAGACUCGGCGUUUUGUUUUUAAACUUAAUUUGAGUCAACUGUCCACAUCCCACUCAUUAAAGUUCAAUUACUUAUUACACAUGUAUACCUUACUUCAGUUAGCUCUUGGGUAAAAGUUUAAUGAGAGGCAUUCUAGCGCUUAGGUGUUUUGGGGGGUGGUGUGGGGGGAAGGGAUGGAGGCCAGGGACUAACAGAGUCUAGCUCAGAGCUUACUACUGAACUAUGGCCUAACCUUAUCAAGGCAUUUGAUUAGUAUGUUGGAAGAUCCUCGUGAGCUAGUUAGAACCGACAGAUAUAUAGAGUAGGAAUUCUUUGCCCAUGGAUCCAACACUUUAAAACUCAUACAAGUGCAAUGUUCUCAGAAUGACUGUAACUGGAAAAAAGACCUUAGGUAAGAGCAAUAUUAAACAGGGGUUCCAUCAGUCUUAUCAAUGAAAUCUGAACUGUGUGUGCCCAGUCAGUUUGACUCUGCAUUGUCUGUCACGUUUGUUUUUUGUUUCAUUCUCACACUGUACUCCAGGGUGGCCUCCACCUGGCUCAUAACAACCUGAUCCUCCUGCUUCAACCCCCCAAGUUCAAGUAUCCGGCUUAUUUCUUCUUUUCAUUUUUUUUUUUUUUCCGGAGCUGGGGACCGAACCCAGGGCCUUGCGCUCGCUAGGCAAGCGCUCUACCGCUGAGCUAAAUCCCCAACCCCUCUUUUCAUUUUUUUAACCGAGUCUGGGAAUAUCAGCAAUCCUCCUUCUGUCUCUCAUCUCAUUUUUUUCUGCAGCUAUCAGAAUUUCCUGACUUUCCAAUUUCAUCAGGGUUCUCUGGGGUGCUCUUACUUCACUUUUCUCCUAAUCUCACCCACAAUCAUUUCAACUUUGCUGUCCAGGCCAUUGGUAGUCCGUUCAAGGUCAGGAAAAAUAUCAGGCGAGGUGAAAAGUUAAGACAUAAACUAAAAGGUCUUAUCCAACUGGGCGUGGUGGCACACACUUUAAUCCCGGCACUCAAAAGACUCAAGAGGCAGGUGAAUCUCUCGGAUUCAAAAUUGGUCCACAAAAGAGUUCCAAGCUAGCUUGGGUUACAUAGAGACUCCCUAUCUCAACAAAAACACAUUAAAAAAAAUUCGUAACCGCGAUCACCAUUAGCCUGGAACAACGGUUUCCCCAUCACCCAUACUUGUAUUAUCCAACCACAGCUACUCUGGGGAUGGCCCUGAGGCUGCUUCCUCUGUUCUCAGCCACCUUGGGUAGAGCACAGUGAGAUUUCCGUGAGUCCUGUCAACUCUCUUCUCUUGGCCACUUCCUCAGCCAAGGCCGUCCUCCAAGUCCGGGGAGAACGCCACAGUUCCGGUAAGAGCCUCAGUAGCAGCCUGCGCUCCGGUGCAGGGAACAGGGAGCAGGGGCAGGAAGCGACGAGCAGGACUGGGCUCAGCAGGGACAGGCCACCACCGGAAGCGCGUGGGGGGCGCUCGGGCGGAAGACCGCGCGCGGUGGGCUGGGGGCGCCGCGAAGGGCGGGGCCUGUGCGCGCCGGGGGCGGGGCUCCCGCUCAGGUCACGUGAGGGGCCCGGUGGAGGUGGUGGAGGUGGUGGCGCGGCGGCGGCGGCGGCCGCGGCGUCUAGAGCGGCGCCCAGUGCAGGAUGUUGCAGGAGACGGCGGCGGUGUCGUUGGCGGUAGCGGGCGGAGGAGCGGUGACGGCUGAGGCGCCCGCGGGCGGGAUAAAAUGGCGGAUUUCGAGGAGUUGAGGAAUAUGGUUUCUAGUUUUAGGGUUUCUGAAUUACAAGUGUUACUGGGCUUUGCUGGACGGAAUAAAAGUGGGCGCAAGCAUGACCUCCUGAUGAGGGCGUUGCAUUUACUGAAGAGUGGCUGCAGCCCUGCGGUUCAGAUUAAAAUUCGAGAAUUAUACAGACGCCGAUACCCACGGACACUUGAAGGACUUUCUGAUCUAUCCACAAUCAAAUCUUCAGUUUUCAGUUUGGAUGGUAGCUCAUCACCAGUAGAGCCUGACUUGGCCGUGGCUGGGAUCCACUCGUUGCCUUCUACUUCCAUUGCACCUCAUUCACCGUCAUCUCCUGUCGCUUCUGUGCUGCUUCAAGACACUAAGCCCACGUUUGAGAUGCAGCAACCAUCUCCUCCCAUUCCUCCUGUCCAUCCUGACGUGCAGUUAAAAACGCUGCCCUUCUAUGACGUCCUUGAUGUUCUCAUCAAGCCCACAAGUUUAGUUCAAAGCAGUAUUCAGCGGUUUCAAGAGAAGUUUUUUAUUUUUGCUUUGACACCCCAGCAAGUUAGAGAGAUAUGCAUUUCAAGGGAUUUUUUGCCAGGUGGCAGGAGAGACUACACAGUCCAAGUCCAGCUGCGACUUUGCUUGGCAGAGACCAGUUGCCCUCAAGAAGAUAACUAUCCCAAUAGUUUGUGUAUAAAAGUAAAUGGGAAACUCUUUCCUUUGCCUGGCUAUGCACCACCACCUAAAAAUGGGAUCGAACAGAAGCGUCCUGGACGCCCCCUGAAUAUUACAUCUUUAGUGAGAUUGUCUUCAGCUGUGCCAAAUCAGAUUUCUAUUUCUUGGGCAUCUGAAAUUGGAAAGAAUUACUCCAUGUCUGUGUAUCUUGUACGACAGCUUACAUCAGCCAUGUUAUUACAGAGAUUAAAAAUGAAAGGUAUUAGAAAUCCUGAUCAUUCCAGAGCACUCAUUAAAGAAAAACUUACUGCAGAUCCUGAUAGUGAAAUUGCUACAACUAGUCUUCGAGUGUCCUUGAUGUGCCCUUUAGGAAAAAUGAGGCUGACAAUCCCGUGCCGCGCAGUGACGUGUACACAUCUGCAGUGCUUUGAUGCUGCCCUGUAUCUUCAGAUGAAUGAGAAGAAGCCCACCUGGAUUUGUCCUGUUUGUGACAAAAAGGCUGCCUAUGAGAGUCUGAUACUAGAUGGGCUUUUUAUGGAAAUUCUCAAUGACUGUUCUGAUGUGGAUGAGAUCAAAUUCCAGGAAGAUGGUUCCUGGUGCCCCAUGAGACCUAAGAAAGAAGCUAUGAAAGUAACCAGCCAGCCCUGUACAAAAGUAGAAAGUUCAAGUGUCUUUAGUAAACCUUGUUCAGUGACUGUAGCCAGUGAUGCAAGCAAGAAGAAGAUUGAUGUUAUUGAUCUAACAAUAGAGAGCUCUUCUGAUGAAGAGGAAGACCCUCCCGCCAAAAGGAAAUGCAUCUUUAUGUCAGAAACACAAAGCAGUCCAACCAAAGGGGUUCUCAUGUAUCAGCCAUCUUCUGUAAGGGUGCCCAGUGUGACUUCAGUUGAUCCUGCUGCUAUUCCACCUUCAUUAACAGACUACUCAGUACCAUUCCACCACACGCCAGUGUCGAGCAUGUCAUCAGAUUUGCCAGGUUUGGAUUUUCUUUCCCUUAUUCCAGUUGAUCCCCAGGUCUCCCACUGGAACCCAGGGCUCAAGGAUUAGUCAAUGACAGCUGGCAAAGUCCUAAGAAACUACCCGCAUUUCUGCCACCUCUCCAGUGCUGGAAUUACAAGCACGCACUACCAUAUCUGGCUUUUUACAUGGAUGCUGGGAAUUGAACUCAGGUCUGAUAAGCUAGUCAGUUGCAUGUAUUCUUUGGGAAAGUGUAUUCAGAUCCAUUGCCCACAUUUUUAUUGGGCUAUUUGUCUUACUGCAUUGUACCAGUUGUGUUUGUUAUUUAAUAUGUAUAUAUUUUUUUCCUGUCUGAGGAGUAUCUUUUCAAUUCCUUGAUACCCUUGAAAUACAUGUUUUACAUUUUGAUAGGAUCUAGUUUAUUUCUUUCCCAUGCUGCUUAUGCUUUUGGUUUCAUGGUUAAGAUUCCAUUACCAAAUCCAAGGUAGUUUUGCUGGCUAACUCUUGUGUUAACACAAGGCAGUGUUACCUGGGAUGAAGGAAUAUUAAUGAAGAAAAAGUCUCAGUAUGAUUGAUCUGUAGGCAAGUCUGUUGAACAUUUUUUUGGUUGAUGAUUUAUGGUGGCUACCCUGGCCCACUGUGAGUGGUGUCACUCCUGGGCAGGUAGUUCUGGGUUUCAUAAGAAAGCAGGCUGUGCAAACCAUUGAUAGCAAGUCAGUAAACAGAAUUCCUUCGUGGAUUCUACUGCUGUUCCUGCGUCCAGGUUCUACCCUUGAUUGCCUGUCCUGACUACCCUCUAUGAUGGACUCUUAUCCUGUACCGUAGGCUGAAAUAAGCCCUUUCUUCCCCAAGUUGCUUUUGAUCAUGGUGUUUAUCAUAGCAGUUGAAACCCUGAGUAGUAUAAUAAUGAAAUUAAUUGUAUUUCUUGAAAGAAUUUUUUAAUUUUAUCUUAAAUUUGCAACUGAUCCAUUAUGAGUUAACUUUUUUGAAUCUUUUAGUUUAUUGAAAAUAUUACUUUCGUAUAUAUCUUGAUUACAGUUUCUCCUCUACUCCUCACUUUCUCUAUUUUCUCUCCUCACUUCCCUUACCCCUGGAUCUACUUUUCUGUCUCUCAUUAGAAGAGCAAACUCAUAUGCAAUAACAACUAAACAUAGCAGAAUAAAAUAUGAUAUAAAACAAAGACCAUCACAUUGUGGUUAGACAAAGCAACCCAAGAGAAAAAGAACUCCAAGAGCAGGCACAAGAGUCAGAGACCCACUCAAAGGCUAAGCUGAAAGUGUAUGUUCUAUAAAUCAGAAUAUGUGUAUGAUAUUGCUAUGCUGUGUACUGUGUGCCAGCCUAUCUGGGUUUGAAGGAUGCCUCUGUCACUUGGGAUUUUUGCCAAGAUAGUUACUGUGACUCUGGUUCCUUGUGUAAAAUGGGGUUUAUAGAAUCUUUGUUUCUUGAUUAGGGUUACUAUUGCUGUGAUGAAACACCAUGACCAAAGAAACUUGGGGGAAGGAAAGGGUUUGACUUACAUUUCCACAUCACGGUUUGUCAAAGGAAGUCAGGACAGAAACUUGGCAGGGCAAGAACCCCGAAGCAGGAGCUGGCACAGAGACCAUGGAGGGGUGCUGCUUACUGACUUGCUUCACCUGGCUUGCUCAGCCUACUUUCUUAUAGAACCUAGGAACCAGCCCAGGGGUGGCACCAUCUACGAUGUGCUGAGCCCUCCUCAAUCACAAAUUAAGAAAAUGCCCUACAGACUUGCCUACAGCCUUAUCUUAUUGAGGUAUUUUCUUAAUUAGAAUUCUUCUUCUCACAUGACAAUAUCUUGUAUCAAGCUGACAUAAAGCUAUCCAGCACAGGGGGCCUUGUCGUUUUUGAGAAUGGGAUGGAAACGCAUGUAACAAUAUUCAGUUCGAAUUCAGCAACUGUAAAGGCUGUACUCUUAACUUGGAGAAGUGACCAACAGAUAAUGGAUUAUAAGGUCUGUGUUGUAAUAAAUGGUGCUCAUUUACCUAGCCCUCAAGUUAGCCCACACAUUAUUUUCUACUUUCAUGAGGGCUAUGAAUGCAUCUGAACUGAUAAAGUAGUGAAGCAGCAAAAUCUGAUAAAAUUAACAGAUCCAAUGUGUGAAAGUAUAUGUCAGUUGUAUUCAUGUGAACCUAGAAUUUAAAAGUAAACUCGUUCUAAACUGCUUAUUAGUGUGAUGCAAUAUCAAUUUAUAUUUUUCAUGUAAUAAACUUACUGUAUUUUACUAAUUUUUAUUUUUACCAGGUUCUACUUUAAUUUCUUUAGGAACUUGACUUUAAACCACCAAUUGUUUUUCCUUACUCAUAUGCUCAAUUCCUCAGAGCGUAGGAUGAAAGAUAGGUUUUGGAAUUUCUAUGCAAACAAGUCACAGCGCUAGAGGCAUUUCUCAGGAAUUAUUUGGCUAGUCCAUUCUGAGGGCUGAGACCCCAGACCAAGGGCAAAGGAGCAAGCUGGCUGAGCACGGCAUUCGCUCCUCAUCCUUCCUUUCCUGAUUGCGGAUGCAGUGUGGCCAGCGGUUGAUUUGGCCUCCAUGCCUACUCUGAUAAUGAUGACAUAUACCCUGGAAAUAAAAACCAGAAUAAGCCCUUCCUUCCUUAAGUUGCUCUAACUUUUCUAAGAGAAAAAAAAAUUCAGCAAGGUGUUUAUACAAAAAUUUCUUAUGCAAGAUACUUGGAGAAUUCAAUGAGUAGUUGGAUAAAGGCUAUUAAUGCUCUUGACAGUUGGUAAGUGAACUAAUUAGUCAAGAUUAGCAUAAAAUGCCUUUUUUUCUAUUGAUACAUUAUGGAGUUUAAAAUGGGGAGAAUAUUUUAAAAUUUUCAUUCUCAUUUCUAAAGCUGAUAAGGAGAAAUUUUGAGCAAUUAUCAUCCAACCUAGUUUAAAUACUAUUCCUGUGUGUGUUGUUUCUUUGUGUAUGUGUGUUCUGUAUGACGUUUUUCUUGUGCGUUUGUGCAAGGAAGCCAUAAAAGAGCAUCAGAUCCCCGGGAACUGGAGUUAGAGCUGGUUGUAUCUUUCACGUGGUUGUUAGGAACUGAUUGUAGGUCCUCUAUAAGAGAAGCAAGCGCUUUUAGCCUCUGGGCCAACUCCUCUACCUCUUUACAGAGUCUCAUGUAGCCCACACUGACAUAGAACUCACUAAGUAGUUGAUGCUACCCUUGAGCUCCGGAUCAUCCUACUUCUGCCUAUACCAGGUGUUGAGAUUCCUGGUUCCUGUCACCACGUUCUGCUGAACCGCAUACUUACUCAGCAGAACACCCCUUCCUUUGUGUAUCUUCAUGUGUGGGUGCAUGUGGUGGCCAACUUCUAUGUCAGGUGUCCUCAGUAUCUUACCACACUCUUAAGAUAGAAUCAGUUAUUGCACCUGAAGCUUGGGUUCACCUGGUUGGACGAGCAAGCCCCAAGGAUCUCCUGUCUCUGCCUCCCAGCUCUGGCAUGAUAGCUACAUGCCAGCAUACCACUCUCUAUGUGGAUGCUGGAGGUCUGAGCUUGGGUCCUGCUUGCGUGGGAGGCAGGCACGCCAAUAACAGCUGUCCCCCCCAGCCUGCAGCCUGAUACUCUCGUUUAUUCUUGAAGUAUUUGCCAGAAUUCAUCAUAGCUGUACCAGUAAAAAAAAAAAAAAAAAUCCAUGAUAAUCUCUUACGGUAUGAACAAACUAGGAGAAGAACGGCAAAGUCCCAAGCUAUUUAAAACUUAAGCGCUAGAGUUCUAAUUCCGUGGGUUGAAAAUGAAAUAACAUGAGGGCUGGAGGGAUAGCUUAGCAGUCACAAGCUUUUGCUGCCUUAACAGGGCUUAGGUUUGAUUCCCUGCACUACAUACAGACUCAAAACUAUCUAACUCCAGUUUCAGGGCCCCACCUUCUAGCAUUUGGACACCAAGCAUGCAUGUGGGACACAUACAAGCAAAAUACUCAGUUAUGUAAAAUUAAAAAAUUGUAACAGCAAAUGAAGUCAUUUAGGAAAUUAGAAUAUAUCUUGGAUGAUACACAACAAAGUAGUGCCUUCGUUUUUACUUUUGAGGUAAGAUCCUCUGUGUAAUUAUGUAUUUGUGAUCCUACUCUCCCCUUCGAGUGCUAGGAUUAUAGCCACCAUAGCCAGCUAAAUUCAUGCCUUUUAAAACAAACAAAUUAUUGGGCAUAGUGUCUUAAACAGUUAACCCCGGUAUUCAAGAGAUGUAGGUAGGGAUAUUGUCAUGUGUUCAAGGAUAGCUGGGCUACAGAGCAAUCCAUUUUCAGAAAGGACAGAGCAAAAGAAGUAGCAAAUUGAGACAUUACAAGAAAAAAAAAAAGGCUGAACUACAUAGAUAUAAUACAAAACUCAUUGAAAAUAUACAGUAUGGAAAAAUUACAGUGUAAGUUCAGUUACAAAACAAACUUAAAGGGGGACUUUAUGAGUUAAUGUGAGCAGCUAAGUGUUCUUAAAAAACAAACAGAAAAGAUAUUCUUUCAAAACCCAGCAUUGGCUUGUGCUUUGUUAGAGACCUGAUAAUCACUUGGUCCUUGUAUGGGGCCACCUAGGAAAAAACCCCAGAAGCUACAGAACAGAGCAUUCAAUAGCUAGGCUUUAGGCAAAGGUUACACUUGCAAAAGGGCCAUAUUGGACACGCAGGCAAACACCAAGCUGGUACAUCUAGUCUUGGUCCAUCGGGGUUUCACGGAGAGGAGUGUGAAGACUACAUCCUGUCUGUUUGGUAGUUGGAAUAAGAAUGGCCCAGAAAGACUCAUAUUUGGAUGCUUAGGAAUGGCAUUAGGAGUGAAGUCUUACUGGACAAAGUGCCACUGGGGAGUGUGAGUUGGGGGCACUUUGGAUUUCAAGUGCUCAGGCUACACUCGGCAUGUGUCUCCCUGCUGCCUGUGAAUCUGGAUGUAGAACUCUCAGCCACAUCUGCAGUACCAUCUCUACCUGGGAGCUGCCAUACUUCUCACCAUGAUGAUUAUGGACUAAAUCUGAAAUGUAAGCAAGUCCCAAUGAAAUGUUUCUCUUUAUAAGAAUUGGCUAGGGUCCUGGUGUCUCUCCAAAGCCAUGGAAAUCCUAACUAUGACAGCCCAGGAUGAUACAAGUCUUGGCUUUGAGAACUGGGCCCCUGCUAACUAAAAAGGGGUGGUUGCAUUACUGAGUUUAACAUAGUGAUCAAGGCUUCAGACUCAGGUGUUUGAGAUUUUAGGUUCUUUACCAAUUUUUAGUUUUGUCUGGUUCGACUCCUUAUUCUUUCUUGAGUUAAUCUUCAUAACUGUUGUUUAUGGGUAAAGCAAUUUACUCCACCCAAAGCCAAACAAAUAAAACUCAGAAUUAUUAAAAGAUCCAGGUAAGUUUAACAGUUUGAACAAAUAAAAUUUAAAAUCUCAAGUUAGAAAGCUUUCAGAUCCAGAGAGGUUCAAGCAGUUCGACCGGUUCAUAAAUAAUCUUUGUUCAUUUGAAAUAAAUUUGUGUACACAUUGA